UUUGGUACCUACAUUUCAGGUCUCUGAAAAAAAAAUCUCUUUCUUUUUUCACAUACACACCACCAAAGAAAAAAAAGCCUAGUGCUUUGUUUAAAAGAAAAAAAAGACCCGUCAUUUCCCUUUUUCUUCUUUCUUAAAAAGUAAUUCAUAAUGUACGGUGCAAAGAGCAGUUCCUUGCUCAACACCGUUGCUCGCCAAAGCGGUCUCACUAAACAACUCGCUGCCGCUCACAGCACUCCCAAAUCAACAGCAUUUCUUACGAAUUUGCAAUCACGCAAUGUCAAUUUCGCGUAUACGACGAGCCGAGCUUCUUCUCACUUGAACAAGCAACCAACUACUGAAGACGAUCAGCAACAACAAAAACACCCGAAUCACCAGCAGUAUCGAUCGGUAGCUCUGCAUCGUACACCUGCCAACUGGCACCAACUGGCCAAAAUCUCCAAAGUGCCAGUAGCUCGAUUCAACCAUGUUUUGGCAGCUCAACAGGAACAGCACAACCCAGAACAACCUACCGCUGAAAAUGACGCCAGUAUCAACAAUCGUAUCAUGAGCGCUGCCAAGGCUAAGGAUCCCGAGGCCGUGGUUACGGAAUUCUUGGCCGGCCGUACGUCGGGUGCGUCCAUGUCCACACAGACAUACGAUGCCGUGUUGGAUGCCUAUGGCACGCUUCGCAAGAACAACCAUCCAUUAACUGCCAUGCUGACUGUCUACGACGAUAUGGUGGAAAAUGGCGUUCGUCCAACAUCGCACACCUAUGCAACGCUGAUUAAGUUCUUGUGUACCCGAGACGACGAAGUGCACAAGACAGUCAGCAUGUUGCGACGCAAAAUUGCUCGAUUCGGUGUCGAAGUGUCGAAUCUCGGCGACCUCGAAAACGAAAACAAUCUCGCCCGCGCCAUGGCCUUGUUUGAACGGGCCGUCAGCGAACAGUGCACCGAGGAUUUCGAUGUUGAACUCUACAACCAUAUGCUCAGCAUGCUUUCCUCCAACGGUCAAACCAGGGACGCAUUGUACAUUUACGAACAACUGGAAUCAUCCAAGACCGUCAACCCGAACAGUGCCACUUUUGCCAUGCUCAUGACCUUGUUUGGCUAUGCUGGUGAUUUGUCCGCUGUCCGCGAGUGCUUUAAUGAAUACAAGGCUGUCCGUAACCUGCUUCCCAAGCACGAUCCGGCUUACGUGUACAAUGCGUAUGUGUAUGCUCAUGCCGAUGCUGGAGAUCUCAAGGGCGCGUUGAAUAUUCUCGAGAGUGUCAUGGUCAAGGAUCGCGUGCGCGUCACGAUCGUCCCUUACAAUCGCGUUCUGAAUGGUGCCACGAUGAAGAACGACUUGUCGUUGGUGGACUCGCUCUUGACCAAGUUGGAGAGCAAUAACUCGUUUCCCAAGCCAGAUGCCAAUACCUAUGGUAUUCUGUUGGGCAUGUAUUGCCGCCUGAAGCAAUUGGACAAAGCCGACAUCAUGUACACCAAGAUGCUCCAAUACGAUAUCUCCCGACAGUACGGUCGCUUGGCCGACUACGUGUGUCUAUUGCGUGCUGAAAAGAAGCCCGAUCAAUGCUUGGAAGUCGUCAAACACAUGAACGAAAAGGGCUUCGAGCUGGAUGUAACGAUGGCUCGAGAGGUGGUCAUGGGCUAUUUGGAUACCAAGGAGACAGCCAAGGCGGUCGAUGCGCUCAAGACGGUUGUCAACGUGUAUGCCUCGUCUAGCUUCAUUACGGAGCGCUCUCCUCUGUUGGAUGUGGUUAGCGAGUUCACGGUCAAGUGCAAUGAUUUGCAUUCGUCGGUGCAGGCUAUGCGUUUCAUGAACAAAUACGGCGUCAAGUUGGACAACCGUGUCGCGAAAGCAAUUUUGGAACAAUACGAUGCAGCCAAGAAGAGUCCACAGGCAUGGGAAGCUUUCACUAGGGAUGUGAAUACACGCGAUUUUAAUACGAUCUACGAGGCCACAUUCAAGUCAGAUAUUCGGCCCAAUGUGUUCAGCGAACGUAUAUUCGAAGUGAUGAAUGAUAUGCGCAGUUUGAAUGUUGAGCCCACACUCAACUUGUAUGUUCGUGUCGCCACACGAUUCAAGAAGCACAAGGAUGUUGAGUCGGAUGCCCGAUGGCACAAAGUGUUUGAGCCGUAUCUUGCGCAACUUGAACAGCAAAAACAGUCGGGUGUUGACACUAACCAGCAGCAGCAGCUACAACAACAACACCAGCACCAGCAACAGACACAGCAGCAACAACUAGGAGACAAAAAGUCGGGCAUGUCAGAAGUGGAGGGCUGGACGGUUGAAUCAGAUUUGCAAUCGGGCGCUGCUUUGGAUCUGGCUAUCCAGGGCAACUUCAAGGGUGCUGUCGAGACGCUUGACCAGCAGAUCGUCAAGAAGGGACAUAUUCCUUCGCCUGAUGCUGUUCGCGACAUCAUCCAACAGGCAACGCGACAGAAAAAUCUGCAAGGCGCAGUGCAAGCAUACAAUGUGGUGAUUGAUUCGUUGAUGCGCCUGCCCAAGAACGUACAACACCGAGCACUUCAGCACGUGUACAACAGCAUGCUUGUCGCCUAUGCCCGUGUCGACGACUUGCCGAAUGCACGCGAGUUCUACGACAUGAUGCGUCAGCGAAAUAUGAUCCCUGACGGUGAUGCCUACGGCUCGCUCUUGACGUGCACAGCCAACACGACCGCUGACGAAUCGAUGGACGCAUUGGAUAUUUAUGACGAGGCCAUGAAGAACAAGGUGCGACCCACGGUCUACUUUUACAACGUGAUCAUGUCCAAGCUGGCGAAAUGCCGCAAAAUUGACCAUGUCUUGCGCCUGUUUGAUGAAAUGAAAAAGUUUGGUGUGCAGCCCAACUCGAUCACCUAUGCGGCUUUGAUCUCGGCAUGUAUUCGAUGCAGCUCCGAGGCACGUGCAGAACGCUUCUUCCAGGAAAUGUUGCGCUCGCCAAAGUACUACCCUCGCAUUGGCGUGUUCAACAGCAUGAUCCAGUUCUACACACAGCAACGCCCGAACCGUGACAAGGCCUUGGAGUACUACCAUCUGCUGCAACAGUACAAUCUCAAGCCGUCUGGUCAUACCUACAAGCUCUUGAUGGAAGUUUAUGCCAAUAUACCACCUUACGACAUGCUCGCGGCGCACAAGCUUCUGACGGAUAUGACCAAACGCCAUGGCAUCAAACCUGGUUCAAGUCACUUUGCCACAUUGAUCCGUUCCUAUGGCUGUCUCCAUCGCGAUGUAAGCUCGGCUGUGGCGGUCUAUAACGAAAUGCACAAGGCCCACGUCAAGCCCGACGAGAAGGUGUAUCAGGCGAUGCUCAACACUUACAUUGACAACAACGACAUGCAGGCUGCUGAAAAACUGUACCAAGACAUGCUCGCCUCGGGUGCUCACUCGUCACCGUACAUUGAGAAUCUGUUUAUUGCCGGCUAUGGUUCCCGUGGCGACGUUGAAGACGCAGAAAAGGUCUGGCAACGCAUGGUGGAUGUCAAGGACGACAAGAAGCCGGGUGCGUUGGUCAGGGAGCCAAGUACCUAUGAAGCAAUGGUCAAGGCAUACAUGGCCAACAAGCAAACAGACAAGGCGCUCGCUGUGAUUGAAAAGAUGCACAAUGGAAAGCGUAACUUCCCUCUCAAGGUCAUUGAUGGAGUGCGUGCAUCGCUCAAAGCAUAAAAAGGAAAAGUUAUAUAAUUUCAAUCCAUAUUCUACUACACAAACACUACAUAUCCAUCCACUUGGUUUCUUUCUUUCUUUCGUUUCUAUCUCUGUUGCAUAUCAUGUUACUCUCUCUUUUUGUACAUUUGUUGGCAUAUACUUUCUCUCUCUUGUUUAAUACGUGAAAAAUUAGUAAUCCGUCACAUAGAAGG